AUGGGUGAUGUACUUGGAGUGAAAGGUAGGACAAUUUGUGGUCUUGGUGCUUUUCCUCAAAUGGAAGCCAAUAUCUCAACUACUGUUUUUUAUGAAGCCUCUAAUUCUGAGGUUAGCAAGUUACAAGAUACAAUACAGAUGCUUGCCACAAAUAUGCAAAGUGUGCAGGAAGAUUAUUCAAAUUUGAGGCCAAAUUUGGUGGCAGCUCUGGAGGCAUCCAACAAUGAUGGGCUGGAUAAUGCACAGUUGAUGUCAAUGUUGCGUGCAGCUUUGAUGUCGUCAGCAACAACCUAG